AUGUUGUCCAAGCUGGCUCUAGCCGCCGCCACGGUGCUGGUUACCACCUUUUUGGCCAGUUCUGUCCUCUCACCGACGCCUCGUAUGGGCUUCAACGACUGGGCGCGCUACCAGAACGAUAUCAGCGAGCAACUCUUUAAAAAGGUCGCUGUGGCUAUGUCUGAAAAUGGUCUGCUCCAAGUCGGCUAUAAUCGGAUCAAUAUCGACGACGCUUGGGCUUCGAUUCAACUGGUUGCAAACGGAUCUAUGGUCUGGGGCCAAACCAGGUCCCUAGUGGGCUCCCAGUACGGACAGAUGGGGCGGGACUCUGCGGAUAUCGUCUUCUAUACAGGGCGCAAUGCCUGGGGUAGCAUGAUGAAUAACGAUAGGAUGAACCGUCGCCUAGCUCGGCACAAGCGGCCUGGCUACUUCAACGACCCCGACUUCCUUAACGUGGACAAUACAACCUACACCCUGGAUGAAAAGAUGAGCCACUUCACCCUGUGGUGCUCCUUCUCCGCGCCGCUGAUUAUUAGCGCCGAUUAA